ACUCCGAUGCGAGCCACAAAGACAAUGUUAGGACACAGGUGGUAAAUAACAAGCUAGAUGAGUCAUUGGUCAAAGCUAGAGCGAAAGAAAUCGUACGCUCAACAGCACGAAUUCUAAAUAAUGUAUGUAUAAAUGGUGGUACAUUCGAUGUAAAAUUUACGCAAGAGAAUCAACCAGGAAAAGAGGUUAUCGAAAAAGUUUAUGUUCAAGGUAUGAGUCGGCUUAUGGACUAUCAUCUCGCAGUACAGAAAAUCACCCCUUCUGCUAAAACUUUUAACAGCACAAAUGAACAAAUGACCGCGUCACCCCACAUAAUUGUUUCUACAACUCCGCUUACUCCUAAUUCACCAUAUACUCAGACUCCGAUUGUUAGUGUUGUUAAUGAAAAUAAUGUGUCUCAGUCUCCUGAUGACGAUAUCUUAGACUUUUCAAAUCACAUUUUACUUAUUAUCAUUUCAGUUAUAAUUAGUAUUGUUAUUCUUGGGUUAGAUUUGUUUUUAGUUUUUAGCACCAUUAAGGAUGCUAUUACUAGAUAG